AUGACUUUCUACGAUGGUAUAUUUCCCUUCUACCCACAGCCAAGAAAAGCUUGGGCCUUGAAUGUGAAUUACAUUAUUGUAAUCAUCGUCUUCUUGGUGUUUGCCAGUGCCUUUAUCCUGAUAAUUCCUGGAAUAAGAGGAAGAGCUAGAAUAUCCUGGACCUUUAGAGUCAUAAUCAGCCUGUUCAUUGGAGCUGUAACCGUUGCUGUUAACUUUACAACAGACUGGGAAGUUGGAUUAAUUAAUACUACAACUACUUAUAAGUCUUUUAGUAGUGCUGUGGUGACUGCAGACAUUGGAAUAAAUGUUGGACUGAGUGGCGUUAACAUCACUCUUAAAGGAAAUCCGGUUCAUCAGAUAAAUGAGACAAUUGACUAUAAUGAGCAGUUUCUCUGGAUGUUUGGAUCAGACUACGAUAAGUUGUAUUAUGAUAGUCUCGAGAGAGGACUUCCUAACCCCAUCCUCUAUGUAGCAGAGAAGUUUAGUAAAAAUGAUCCCUGCGGCUUGCAUAACCAGUACAGAAUAUCAGGGCACUAUGCAUCAGCCUGUAUGUGGGUUGCAUUUUGUUCUUGGAUUAUAUGCAACAUCCUUUUCUCCUUGCCAGUUUUUAUAUAUGGAGCCUAUAUGAUCCUAGUGACAGCUGCCUUCAUCCUCUUCUCCCUGAUUUCUUUUUCUACUGUGCGAAAUGUUGCCUUUUGUAAUAUACAGUUUGGCUCCGAGGCUCUAAAAACAUACUAUGGAGGAUCUUUUUGGCUAACUCUAGCAACAGGUCUUCUUUGCUUUCUAAUUGGAAUAACAUUCAUUAUAUUGGACUGGUGUGUUCCAGAAAAACUGAAAUCAUUUUUUAACACUAUUGAAGAAGAUGAUGUGGAAUCAGAACAACUGUGUUACACUAAUGAUGGAUUUGAUGCUAUAUAA